AGCCGGAGUUGUCCGUCGAGAGGAAAAGCGGCGCGGAAAAAGAAGUCCGAAGCUCCCACUACCAGCCAACCAACCAACCGCCCUCGCUUCACCAUGGGCGCCAAGGCGGAGCUCACCGACAACAAGCGGCUCAGCUGCAAAAUCUGACAUUAUAAUCUCCAGCGGUCCAAAGUUUUUUUUGUAUAGCUUUUUUUUUUUAAAGCAUGUUUGAUGCAUUUGUGUGGAGAACGCUCACACACCCACACACACAUGCACUGACUGACUGACAAAACUCAAACUUUGUCAGCAGCAGGCUCGAUGGUGUUAAAAAAGUUGGGAUGUCUUCUAUUAGGAGUUGAAACUUUUAAGGUUCAGCCGAUUUCUGUGAAACAUUAGAGUUACCUCACUUACUGCAGUAAACUUGCAUCGGAAAUAUAAAACAAGUUAAAAAAAAAUAUUUUAAAAUAAGCAAGUUGGAAGUUAAUGAUCAACCAGGAGUUAAAGGAGGGAGUUAAAUUCAAAGGGAUUAAUUAUCACUGUCUGGAAUUCCCUGGCUUCGGAUCAGUGGAAUUAAAGGAACAAAAAUUGCCGCGGAUUGGAAAGAAAACGCGUCAAUUUCUACCUCUUUCCCCCCUGGGUGUGGGGUUGAAAGCGGCCGAGAGGCUGGAGGAGUGUCGGGCAGACCAUCAGGACUUUGGAGAGAGACCCGAGCCCUGACCGGGGAGCUGGCAAUGAUUAAUUCUGGAAAAGCGGCAAGAGAUUAAACCCAACCCGAUCCUUCUCACCAUCGUAAAAGAAAUCGCCAGGCGGCGGAUCAGAGCUCGCGUUUAUUCAUUUCAGGUUUUAAAACAUUUCAUCCGGGGGGGAGGAAAUCGGCAACUGAAAGAGUUGAUACCAAAGCACAAGCAAUUGCAAAAGAGCGAUCUGACUGCACUGAUCGAGAAUAUCAACAGAUGAUGGGAGUCGCGAGUUGUGAGCUGAUCGAUAAUCGCGUUAACACGGUGUUAGUUGUGGACGAUGAUUGCCCAGAGAUAAUCGAUAAAUCAGGGGCUGGAACCCCGGGCCCGGGGGAGCUGAUCGCUAAUUCGAGCAGGAAGAGGACACCAGACUCCGAGGCUACCGGCCAUAAACUAAUUGUAAGAUCAACGACGUCGGUAAUCAAUCAUUCGAAGGAUCGAUGCCAAAACAUAUUCGUGCAAGGUCCGGUUGGGACCUUUCACCUACGAGGGAUCGAUGAGCGGCGGUCGGAUUCAGUCCGUACUCGGGGUAUGGGAAUUGCCAAAGAAAACGGGAGUACGGACAGUGCAAUCAAUAACCAAAGGGAAAUAAAGCAAGGGCCUUGUUUGAGAGAAGUAAUCAAUAACCAGGUGAUUGGGAUCCCAAGUGACGGUGGGAUGGAUGCACCGAUCAUGGAACCGAAAUCGGGAAAAUUCAAAAAGACACUCGGAUUUGCCUGUGCAGGAAGAAACUUUAAUAUGUUUGGAUGUUUUGGGGGAUUGUGGACAUUUGUGCUGUUUCAUAUCCACGUGCUACAGACCCUUGCGCAAGAGGAUGUUCCACCAUAUUUUAAGACUGAACCAGGGCCACCACAAGUUCACCUGGAGGGAAAUCGUCUGGUCUUAACUUGCCUAGCAGAGGGAAGUUGGCCCCUUGAGUUUAAGUGGUUCCGAAAUGAUACAGCGAUCACAGCAUUUUCAAGGGAAUACAGAUAUGUAAUCCCAUCGCUUCAGCGUUCGGACACUGGGUUUUACCAGUGUGUGGUCAGGAACAGACGUGGAGCACUUUUGCAGAGGAAGACACAAGUACAUGUAGCAUACUUGGGGAACUUUGAAGGAGGUGAUCAGAGUAUUACAAUAUCACAGGGUCAGGCUGCAGUACUAAAAUCUCCGAACCUCAGCAGUUACCCACAACCACAGAUGACAUGGUUUUGCGAUGGCCAGAAGAUUAUCCCCAGCAACAGAAUUGCAAUAACACUUGACAAUCAUCUGGUACUGCUUUCGGUGGCUGGAGCAGACGCAGGAAGAUAUUAUGUACAAGCAGUCAAUGAAAAGAAUGGGGAAAACAAGACAAGUGCAUUUAUCUUCCUGGCAAUUUUAAACACUGCAGAUCGAGCUGACCCUGUGGCACCAAGAAUUGUCGUCGCUCCAAAAAACACCAGUAUUGUGGCUGGCACCAGUGAGGUGACUCUGGAAUGUGUUGCGAAUGCAAGGCCUGUGGAUAGACUGAGUAUUACCUGGAAACGAAAUGGUGUGAAACUGAAAAGUGGAAUCAGUGUUUUCGGAAGGCGAUUGAUGAUCUUAAAUCCAACAUCAGCCGACAUUGGAAAGUAUGAGUGUGUGGCCACGCUACAGAGCAGCAGUGUUCUUCCAGUUCAUGAACAUGCCUACAUAUCCAUUAUAGAACCGCCAUAUUUUACUGAAGAGCCCAACAGGAGGAUUCUGGGUGAAGUAGAAAAAACUGUUGAUAUCCCGUGCAGAGCUAUGGGUAUACCCGUACCCAGUCUGCAGUGGUACAAGGACUCAGUCCCAGUAAUCAUGUUGAACAACAGCAGAUAUAAGGUGAUGGUGAGUGGGACCUUGCAGAUUCAGGGGCUGGUCCCUGAAGAUUCUGGAAUAUUCCAGUGCUUUGCUGGGAAUGAAGCCAGAGAUAUUCAAUCAGCCUCCUAUCUGACUGUUACCAACAUUGCACCUUUCUUCAUCAGAGCCCCAUCAGACACUGCAGUAACAGAUGGGGCAGUGGCGGUUUUACACUGUGAAGCUUCGGGAGCACCAAAGCCUGGCAUUACAUGGGCGAAAGGUGAUAAAGUUUUAGCAAGUGGUUCAGUACAAAUUCCACGGUUUGUACUUCAGGAAUCGGGUGGAUUGCUGAUAAAACCAGCCCAUGUUGAAGAUGCAGCCACCUUUACCUGCUUUGCAACAAAUUCCAUGGGAGCAGUAAAUGCAUCAGCCUAUCUCACAGUGUGGACACGUACCUUCAUUUCCGUUUCCCCCGAGGACCGCAGCGUAAUCAAAGGAACAACCGCCGUGCUGACCUGUGGCGCAACCCAUGACCCCAGAGUCACAAUCCGAUUUGUCUGGAAAAAGGAUGGAAAGGUUAUCGAUGCAAGUGCUGUACCCAGAAUUACUACUGGGAAAAAUGGCUCGCUUCAUAUUAGCCAAACCUGGUCAGGUGAUAUUGGAGACUACACCUGUGAGGUUUUGUCCGCUGGAGGGAAUGACUUCAGAAGUGCCCGCCUGGAAGUCAUUGAACUUCCUCAUCCACCCAGGAACCUGCAAGCGACGCUGAAUGCUACAACAAGCCGGGCGGUAGAUUUAUCCUGGACUCGGCCUUUUGAUGGAAAUAGCCGCAUCCUGCACUACAUUGUGGAGUUGUCCGAGAACAAUUCUCCAUGGAAGAUACAGUUAUCUAAUAUUAGUCCUGAAGUGGUGCACAUUACUGUCAAUGGAUUAACAUCAGCUCGCUCAUACCAGUUCCGAAUGUGUGCAGUGAAUCAACUGGGGAAAGGACAGUACAGCAUCGAAACCAACAGGCUACUGUUACCAGAAGAAGCGCCUAGUGCCCCUCCGCAGAAUAUUAUGGCUAGCGGUCGAACAAAUCAAUCCAUAAUGGUGCAGUGGCAACCUCCUCCGGAGCAAGCAAUCAAUGGGGUCCUCAAAGGUUACAUUCUCAGAUAUCGACUUGCGGGUCUUCCAGGAGGAUACCAGUUUACCAACAUCACAAACCCUGAAGUGACUUACUGCUUAAUUAAAGACCUCAUCAUUUGGACCCAAUAUGAAAUUCAAGUUGCAGCAUACAACAGUGCUGGUCUUGGUGUACGCAGCAGGGCGGUAACAGAGUACACCUUGCAGGGAGUCCCAACAGCGAUGCCACAGAACGUAGAGGUGGAAGCUGUGAACUCUACCGCAUUGAGGUUUACGUGGGAUCCUCCUCCACAGCAGUUCAUAAACGGCAUCAACCAAGGCUACAAGCUCCUUACUUGGAUUGUGGACCCACCAAAUACCGUAAAAUCGAUGACAAUCGCUCCUGAUUUCCAUGGAACACGACAUGAAGCCUUGCUUACAGGGCUCAAGAAGUUCACAAAAUACUACACAUCCGUACUGUGUUUUACAACACCAGGAAAUGGUCCCAAGAGCCCACCUAAGAUGAUUCAGACCCACGAAGAUAGGCCAGGACCUGUUGGGCACUUGAGGUUUACUGAAAUCCUUGAUACCUCUUUGAAAGUCAGCUGGCAAGAACCACAGGAGAAAAAUGGGAUCCUCACAGGUUACGAGGUUUCUUGGGGAGUGUUUAACAGAAAUGAUAGUCGCUUGAGCCGCAAGUUGUCAAGCACAACGCUGGAAUACAAGAUAACGGGGCUGACCUCCCUUACCAUCUACACCAUUGAGGUAGCAGCCAUGACAGCAGCCGGAAGUGGGGCAAUGAUGAUAUCCACCAUCUCAUCUGGUGUGCCUCCAGAGCUCCCGGGUGCACCAUCUAAUCUUGUGAUCUCAAAUAUCAGUCCUCGAUCGGUCACGUUGCAGUUUCAGCCAGGAUUUGAUGGGAAAACGUCCAUCUCAAAAUGGAUAGUGGAAGGACAGAUUGAAAUGACAGGAGAGGAUGAAGAGUGGGUUUUACUCUAUGAAGUGGCGAAUGAACCAAAUGUCCAAGUAUUGGACGUCCCAAAUCUGAUUCCUUACACAUACUACAGGUUUCGAAUAAAGCAGAUUAACAUUGUGGGCUCCAGUCCUGUAAGUUGGCCUUCCCGUGUGAUACAGACUCUGCAAGCUCCACCUGAUGUAGCACCAGCUAGCAUCACAGUGCGAACAGCAAGUGAGACAAGCGUAUGGGUCCGUUGGGUGCCUCUUCCAGAGACCGAGUACAAUGGUAACCCAGACUCAGUUGGAUAUAGAAUGAAGUAUUGGCGAGUGGAUGGUCAGGGCAUGCCUGCAACACAGAUCGUUAAUGAUCGUCUAGAGAGGGAAAUUACCAUUGAGAACCUGGAGGAAUGGACUGACUAUCUGUUUCACAUCCAGGCUUUCAAUGCCAUUGGAUCCGGACCUUGGAGCAGUCAAGUCCAAGGAUGCACAAGAGAAUCAGUCCCAUCAGCUGCUCCAGGGAAUGUCACAGCAGAGGCCGUGAGUCCCACGCAGAUACUGGUCAUGUGGGGACCAGUUCCAGAAUCUGAUCAAAAUGGACUUAUCCUCGGGUAUAAGAUACUGUACCGAGAGAAAGAUUCUGAAUCAGGCACUCAAACGCGUCUGAUUAAAGGAAACUUUACCCACUCUGUUGUCUUGAACGGCCUGAGGAAGUACAAUCAAUACGAGAUUCAAGUGUUGGCGUUUACCAGGAUUGGAGAUGGAGUCCCAUGUUUGCCGGUUCUACUGGAAAGGACAAAAGAUGAUGUUCCAGGUCCUCCCAUUAAGCUGAUCUUCCCGGAGGUCCAGAUGACUUCAGUGAGAGUAGUCUGGCAAACACCUGAGAACCCCAAUGGCAUUAUUCUAGGUUACAGAAUAGCUUACUGUCUGGCUACCACUGAGUCAAACAAAUUCAUCACCAUAGAAGUCAGUUCCAAUGCCCGACAAUACUCGGCAACAAACCUGAUACCAGAAUCGCCAUACGUGUUCCGUGUAUCUGCAAGGACUCGUCGGGGCUGGGGAGACUCAGUCGAGGCGAUGGUGAUCACCACACAAACCAGAGAUCGGCCACAGCCCAUUUCCAACCUGACUGUACCGCAGUCUGAGAUUGGUGGUCGCAGCUUGCUAUUGCAUUGGACACCAGGCAACGAUCGUUCAUCACCAGUCCGCUAUUUCACAGUGCAAACAAAAGAACUCCCUGGCUUGGAAUGGCAGACACACACCUCCUCAAUCAACCACGAUGCAACAUCAUACGUGAUAGAGCGUUUGAAGCCGUACACUACUUACCAACUGCGAAUGAUGGCCACAAAUGAUAUGGGAGACAGUGCUUUUAGCGACGAAACAGAGCCAGUGACGACGCUGCAAGAUUUGCCCAGUGAAGCACCGGUUAUCGUGUCUGUGAUUCCACGCACCACCACCUCGGUACUUGUGCAGUGGCAGCCACCAAAGGAAGAAAGUUUAAAUGGCAUACUGUUGGGGUUCCGGAUUUACUACAGAGAGCUUACAUAUGAGAAUGUACCUGGAUUCAGCACACAACAUGUCGGGGACUCUUCUGCUGUGCAGACGGAACUAACACCUGAGAGUAGCUUCAAGACAAUCACCAGCUCCACAGUAACCGAAUUUGACCUAACACAUCUGAAGAAAUACACAAGAUAUGAAAUCUUAAUGAAAGCAUUCAACGUUGUGGGUGAGAGUCCAGCCAGCAGCCCCAAGGAGGUCUAUGUGGGAGAAGCAGUUCCCACAAGAGGUCCUCAAGAUGUGAAGAUUCGAGCUCUUACGGCAACCCAGCUGGAAGUUGCAUGGAAUCCACCACCAUCAGAGGCACAGAAUGGCAAAAUACAGGGUUACAAGAUCUAUUACUGGGAGCGAGAGAACCAGAAUGAUACAGAGAAGGUGAGGGUCCUCUUCCUCCCUGAGAACACCAUCCGACUGAAGCACCUGAUGAGCUACACCAUGUACGUGGUCAGCGUGAUGGCAUUCAAUGCUGCCGGGGAUGGACCUCGCAGUCAACCUGCUGAAGGACGCACCGAGCAGGCUGCUCCAAGUGCUCCCAGUUUCAUUACGUUUACAGAAGUGACUACCACUACAUUGAAAGUGUUGUGGGGAGAGCCAGCCAUGCCCAAUGGAGUUCUGAAUGGAUACCGACUGGUCUACGAGCCACUGGAAUCUGUACAAGGUGUGAGUAAAGUGGUGACGGUUGAUCUUCGAGGCAACAAUCAGCGCUGGCUGAAGGUUCGGGAUUUGUUUAAAGGAGUUCCCUACUGCUUUCAUGUCCAAGCCAAAACCUAUAGCUUUGGCCCUGAGAUUAAGGCAAACGUUACACCAGGUCCAGAAGAAGGUUCCCCAGGUCCCCCUCUGAACCCUUCCAUUAGUGAAACUUCAGCUGUUGUCACAAUUCAUUGGGCACGAGGUGUGCCUGGAGAUGGACCUAUAAAAGGCUACGUCAUCGAGGCAAGACCAUCAGAUGAAGGAUUGUGGGAUACCUUUGAAAAGGACAUUCCAAGUGAUGCAAUAUCACACAUGGUUAAGCGGGACAAGCUAAAACAAGGAGUGAGCUACGAAUUUCGGGUCAUUGCUGUCAAUCAGUUUGGAUACGGUGAACCAAGUACUCCGUCCAUCGUGAGAUCAGCUCAGCUGGGAAAUCCUCCAUUUUAUGAAGAGUGGUGGUUCCUGAUAGUGAUGGCCCUUUGCAGCAUCAUCCUCAUUCUGCUCAUGGUCUUCGGCCUGAUCCUACAUGGACAGAACAAGAAGUACAAGAACACCAAUGGUAAACAUAAUUCGACCGUGGAAGAAACCCUCACCUUAGAUAAUGGAGGGUUUACUGCCCUGGAGCUGAACAGCAGACAUUUGACCGUCAAGAGCAAUUUCUGUAAGAAAAAUGGCACCAGGUUUCCACCGAGGCCCAGCCCGGGAGCGUUACGCUAUUCUGAUGAGGAUCUAUGUAACAACUACAAUGGAAUAGUGCUGACAGAGAGCACCACUCUAACAGAGAAACCCACGGAAAUAUCCGAGUCAGAGGCUUCCGACAGUGACUGUGAAGCUGAAUUACCAAAAAGCACACACUCAUUCGUGAACCACUACAUGAGUGACCCCACUUACUUCAACUCAUGGAAGCGGCAGCCAAAGGGUCUUCCGCGAGCUUCGGCCUACACUUACGAAGAAUGCACAGAUGGCGAGCAGGAGCCGUACUAUCCAACAGUGAUCACGACGCAGAGUUCAGGCGGGGCCUACGUGCCCUCGGGUCAGCCUGCAUCUGGCUCAAGGACUCCUGUGACUGGCUUCUCCUCCUUUGUGUGAUAUCCGCUUUGGACAGCAUCAGACAAUUCCUUCGCCUAUGGACCACCGUGCCAGAUGAACAGACUUAUAAUUACAGUCGAGAGAAAGCUGUCAAAUGGAAACUGUCAUCUCCAAAGCUGCCUAAAAAGUGCCUUUUACGUGUUGGUAAUUUAAUUAUACCAAUAUCGCAGUGGUGUUUAGUAAAAUCGGUGUCCCAUUCAUUUGAAUGUGACAUUCACUAGAUUUUUUUAAUACUUUUUUGUUUCUAAAAAAUACCCCAGCUUCACGACCCCCCUCCCCCUCCUCUCUCUCUCCAUUCUCCUGGAAGCAUUAAAGUUGAUCACAAAACGUACUUUUUAAGCUUGGUGCAAAAGCAGCCCAGACAGACAAAAGUGAAGUUUACUUUAUCAGACGACCAAAACAAAGCACAGCGUAAAGCUGGUGUACAAUCCACAGAAAGACAGGGGAUUAAGGAGAGUCACUUCCUGCUGUGGUAAACAACAAGAGCUACACGUGUCACCACUGCAUGAAAGGGCAUGUUUCAGGCAGCUUUUGUCAUUGCCUUAUAAUUUCAUCACAACUUCAGUACUGGGUACCUUAACUGUGAAAGAGUCAAACCUACAGUACCACCACCAACUGAAAAAAAGGCAAAAACCUUCAGCAUUUUCUAAACUUUAAAAAAAACACAAUUUCUGAAUAAGAUUCUAGUUCUUUAGAAAAUGUAAGUAGUAAAGAUGAAAUUUGCUGGCCAAGGUAAUGGAAAGAUUAGG